CCCACCUAGUUGUGUUGUGUUUUGUGAUGGUGACAUUUUUUAAGUUCUGAUACUAUCACAAAGCAAGUCACUAUGAAAUAUUAAUUUCAUUCAAACGAAUUUCAUUGAAUAAAGGAGAACAAAGCAGAAAGAACAGGUAUCGUGAAAGGGAAUAAGAGAGGGGAAAUCUAGCCCUACAAAGCUGCAGUCACGUAUACGGUCACAACUUAUGUAAUUGAGACACUACCAGUCGAACCGCAAUGAGUAACAACAGCCAUCCUUUGCGUCCCCUGGCCUCAGUUUCAGAGAUUGACCACAUCCACCUGCUUUCUGAGCAGCUGGGUGCUUUGGUUCCAGGUGAAGAGUACAGCGAUGUCACCUUCGUUGUGGAAGAGAAACGCUUUCCGGCCCAUAAGGUCAUCUUGGCAGCGCGCUGUCACUACUUCAGAGCUUUGCUGUAUGGUGGGAUGAAGGAGUCCCAGUCGCAGGCGGAGGUGACCCUGGAGGAGACCCGAGCCGAGGCUUUCUCCAUGCUCCUCCACUAUCUGUACACGGGCCGCGCUAGCCUCAGCUCGGCCCGUGAGGAGGUGCUGCUGGACUUCCUGGGUCUGGCCCACCGCUACGGCCUCCAGCCACUAGAGGAUUCCACCUCCGAGUUCCUACGCACCGUCCUGAACACGCACAACGUGUGUUCGGUUUUCGAUGUGGCCAGCCUGUACUCCCUGAGCGGCCUCAGUGCAGCGUGCUGCGCCUACAUGGACCGCCAUGCUCCAGAGGUCCUGGCUUCAAAUGGUUUUCUCACACUGUCCAAGACGGCUCUCCUGACCGUGGUGCGGAGGGACUCGUUCGCAGCAAGCGAGAAGGACAUCUUCCAGGCACUGUGCCGCUGGAGUCGGCAAAACAGCGAGGGCGGCUCGACGGAGGAAGUGAUGUCGGCCGUGCGGCUGCCCCUCAUGACCCUGACGGAGAUGCUGAACGUGGUGCGUCCAUCGGGACUCCUUAGCCCAGACGACCUGCUGGACGCCAUCAAGAUCCGCUCAGAGAGCCGCGACAUGGACCUCAACUACCGUGGCAUGCUCGUCCCAGAGGAAAACAUUGCCACCAUGAAGUACGGGGCCCAGGUAGUGAAGGGAGAGCUGAAGUCGGCGCUGCUGGAUGGAGACACCCAGAACUAUGACCUGGACCACGGCUUCUCCAGACAUCCUAUAGAGGAAGACGGCCGCUCUGGUCUCCAGAUCAAACUGGGCCAGGCAUUUAUCAUCAACCACAUCCGCAUCUUGCUCUGGGACAGGGACAGUCGGUCUUACUCCUACUACAUUGAAGUAUCCAUGGAUGAGCUGGACUGGGUGCGUGUUGUAGACCAUUCCAAAUACCUGUGUCGUUCCUGGCAGAACUUGUACUUCACGCCGCGUGUGGCCAGGUACGUGCGUGUCGUCGGGACACACAACACUGUCAACAAGGUCUUUCACCUGGUGGCUUUCGAAUGCCUGUUCACAAACCGCUCCUUCACUCUGGAGAACGGUCUCCUCGUGCCCACUGAGAAUGUGGCUACCAUCGCAGCGUGUGCCAGUGUCAUUGAGGGGGUGAGUCGGAGCAGGAACGCCCUGCUAAACGGGGACACCCGCAACUACGACUGGGACUCGGGCUACACCUGUCACCAGCUGGGCUCUGGGGCCAUCGUCAUCCAACUGGCUCAGCCCUACACUAUAGGCUCCUUAAGACUAUUACUGUGGGACUGCGAUGAGCGAUCGUACAGCUACUACGUGGAGGUCUCCACCGAUCAGCAGCACUGGACAAAGGUUGUGGACCGGACCAAGGUGCCAUGUCGGUCAUGGCAGACACUAACAUUCGAAAAGCAGCCUGCCUCUUUUAUUCGCAUUGUGGGAACUCACAACACUGCAAAUGAGGUGUUCCACUGUGUCCACUUUGAGUGUCCGGCCCAGGUAGACACAGGGUUGAAAGAGGGCAAUACUGGGCAUGAGUCGAGCUCCAGAUCCCAGAACCCUAGAUCCAUGCGGCCAACCCACACCCAUGGCCUUCUGCCCUCCCAGGCCUCAUCCUCAUCUUCCACCUCUUCACAACCCCAACUCUGAGACCAAAACUCCUAACCCUAACCCAAAAAACUAUUUUGCACAAUCUUUAUCACAAAGUAUGCACUGCUAAAAUGCUGCUAAGCACAGGAUCUAUUUUGAUAACAACUAUUGGCCUAUAUUGUAAUGAUUAACCUGUCCAUCUUAGCAUUGUAUGGCGAUCCUUUAUGUCUUCAAUGCUAGGUAAUAAUGGGUGGAAAACAUGAGUAAAUUGGAUUAGUGUCUCCAACUCUGGUAUGUUCUGAUAGUUAUUUCUUCAGACCAAGGUUCAAAGUGUCUGAAUAAAUCAUUGUGGGAGCAUAUCAGAGUUGUGGAUAUUCCUCUUAACUAUUAUACAGUUCUUCUGUCCUGCACCUGAUAAUUUGGAUGUGCAUAUUUUCUAUCUUUUUCUAUGGAGUUGAUAUUUCCAUAAUUCCUUGAAGAUAUUAGCCUAUACCUGCUGCAGUUUGAAAGGUACUCAAUUGGCACUCUUCAAAGGUAUUUCCAAAUUUUAACAGACACAGAAGUGAUCUUGGUACUAAUAUCACAUGUAAAUUGUUUUCUUCUCAUUUUGAAAAUGAACAAUCCCAAUGAGAAUUGGAACAAGUUUAUACUUAAGUGUUAAACACAAUUCUCUUUUGUAUAAAUUUUUGUUGUAUUUCUAUGGAAUUUAGAUUUUUCAAUUGCACUGGUCGGUUAACUAAAAUGGUCAUGUUCACCAAUGUUAAAGGUGAUUACAUUUGCCAAACUAAUUUGAUUCACCGCCUGCUCAAGUAAGCGGUUGGGUAAAAAGACUCAUUAUGGUCUUGGCAAAGCAGGCACUUCAGUGUCUUCUUUCAAAUGUUUUGGUAAAUUGGUCUGCACAUUGUGGGAAUUGGACUUAGGGAGGACCAAAUGAUGCACUGGAGCUUAGAAUGUGAUAUUUAUGGCUAAUAUGCAGUCUUAACUAUGAGCAGCUGAUAUUUGGCACUUUAUUUUUUCCUGUAUUUACUGUAAGAAAGAUGUUGCCUAGCUAAACUAGCACAUUACAUUUUAAAUUGCUGCUUGUGUUUACUGCUCGUCAGACGAACUGCAUAUUGAGAUACAUUUUUGUUUGUGGUUUGUCAGUUUUGUCUGCUCAGCGGUUUAUUUCUCAGUGCUGUGCUUUCUGUAGUCCAGCGCCAGUUCUUUUUGUUUCCAAAUAUUGAAAUCUGUGUUAGUGUCUAUAAGCUUUUAUGUAGAUAUAAGCAAUCCUUUACAUUUCACAUUGCUACUAUUGCAUGAGGGCUGAACAUACACUUCAAAUUAAUUAGAUCCAAGAAAGAAGAGUAUCCUUCUAAUAUAUGUUCCCUUUUUUUUUUGUGAAUAGUUUUGACUGAAAUUUGUUCAUCUAAAAUAAUCGAAUUACUAACAUCAUUACUAAGUUGUCUGUUAUUCUGUAUCAAUGCCAUUACCAUUCACUGGCAUUUAUUUUGAAAAAAAAGUAUCUUUUAAAUGUUUAUAGAGAUUCAGCAGAAAGGGCUUGAUUUUGAAGUCAAGCAGGUUUGCACUACCGACAUCAAUAAAGGCUUCUUUGGACUGGUGAUCUAUGCUCAUGGCAAAUAUGAGUGUGCUAAUAAUGCAGGAAGUUGUUGCAGGAAAUAGAAUUAUAUGUCCUACUCAUUUUAGAGUAAUUAUUAUGAGUAACCCAUGUCAAACUUGAAAGAUCAAAUGUUUUUUACAUGAAUACAGGUUUUGAAUGCAGCCUUGUCCAUCCAACCAUCAUGAUACCCUACCAGUGUGCAAUUAAGAUUUUAAACAAUACCAUAUUAAAGAUGU